AUGCGUCCGGGAGCCGAGCGCAGCGCCCCUCCAGGGGCCUUCUCUUCUGACGAUAUCUAUUCCGCAGCCGUAGAAAAGAGGAAACAAGACCAGCGUGCUGCAGCGGCUGUCGUCUCGAUGGCUGCAGCGGCAGAAGAGUCUCCACGUCGUCAGAGCUCCGCGUCCGCCCAAUCUGGUUCCCUCUCAGCUCUCGCGUCAAGCGGAGAGGCUCAGGCAGCAGACCCCGCCGACGCAAGAGGAUCGGAAUCAGAUGUCGCUGCAGGGAGCAGAACUGUGCCGGAGAAUCCGCCGCCAAAUGCAGUGUAUCUGCACGUCUACGACCUCGACCCGACCAUCAGUAGAUAUGUCAACAAAUUGAUGCGGCCUCUCGGUGCAGGAGCGUUUCACGCCGGGGUCGAAGUCUAUGGGAUUGAAUACUGCUACGGACAAACUCACGAUCGCUCGCCGGGGGUGACAGUCAACCGCCCGCGGCGCCAUCCCGCUCAUAUCUACAGAGAAACCAUCUACAUGGGAGACACGCCUCUCGCGCACGAGGAGUUCAUGGCUCUGAUUGAAGCCCUGAAGGACGAGUGGCCGGGCGAAAAAUACAACAUUCUCACGAGGAACUGCCUGAACUUUGCGGAUCAGCUGUGCAUCUUGCUCGGCGUGGGGUGUCUGCCCCCGUGGCUGCUGCGCCUGCAGCAGCAAGCCUCGAGUUUCCAGCAGAGCGUGCAGCACGCCGCGCGGAAGAUCCAACAAAUCGACGAGACAACCGGCCUCUCAGCCGUGGCCUCCGCGGCCGCGACGGCCGCCGCAGCUGCGGCCCGCGCCUUCGGCGGGUUCCUCCGACCUGCGCCGGCUGAAAACCAGGUAGGUCAAUUCUCGCCGCGUCUGCAGCGCGGCACUGAUCCGCGGGCGGCGACCUUAGAGGGAGAAGAAAGCUGCGCGCGAGAGAGGCAUUCGUCUGAGUCGAGGGCUGAAGACGCGAGACGAAGCGCCAGGAGACCAGAGGGCGAGGGCGCGAGAGAAGAAGAGGGCCUGGGACGUGCGAUGCGAGGGAGGGCGAUGCCCCGGCGGGCUCUCAGACCUCUGACGACGGCGCUGCGAGACGCGGCCGCGGGCGGCGGAGAGAGGUGGGAGCUUGCAGCGGGGGGAAGUGAGACCGCGGAAGACGAGAUUGCAACGCCGAGGGCGGAGGAGGCAGCGUGGGAGAGGAAACUCUGCGUGUUUGACCUCGAGGAGCAGGGAGUCGGGGCGAGCGACUGCGAGGCGAACCCAGAGAGCGUGCCGCCGCGCGCGGCCGGCAGCAAGCGCCUCAGGAACACCCGAAUGAAGGAGGCGGGGGCGAAAGACCCCAGCCAGAGGGACGAGAGAGACACGUUCUCCGCGUCUGUUGCCUGGCGCGGCCUCACCUAUGCGUGCUGCGGGUGUGGGGGCGCCAGGAGCCCAAGCAGUAGCGGCGAGAGCGAGGCCGCAGAUGACUGGACGAGCGACGAGGAGUCAGUCUCCUCAGGGCCUGCACCCGUGGGGGCGGGUGUGGAGUGGGCCCCUGAAGGAGGAGACCGGCGCGAGGCCGUUGGCUACGUCUGUGGCGUGGAGACGGAGGAGACUUUCGGCGCGUGGCUGGAAGACGCGCUGUGGUCUUGGGAUGUUCCCUCUGACGGCUGCGCGCCCGCUACCUUGAGGGGAGAAGAUAGCUUCCUCGUGACGGCGCGGAGACUUCCAGGGAUGUAA